AUGGUAGAAUCCUCAACUGUGUUCCGGUAUUUUUGGAUAUUCGGGCUUGUCAAUAAUGUGCUUUACGUGGUCAUUCUAUCGGCGGCUGCCGAUAUAGUAGGGCCUAACUUGCCCAAGUCUCUAAUUCUGUUGGUCGACAUCUUGCCUUCUUUUACUGUAAAGUUAAGUGCACCGUUUUUUAUUCACAAAGUGCCACACAACCGACGUAUUGCGCUCCUCAUCAUACUGAGCUGUGUGGGAAUGAUCCUGGUCUCUGGAGGAAAGCUGAGCGUGUGUAUUGGUGGCAUUAUUUUGGCUUCUCUUUCCUCGGGAUUAGGGGAGAUUACGUUUCUUCAGUUGACACACUACUACCAGCAUCCGAGCCUCAAUGGAUGGAGUUCGGGAACCGGGGGCGCCGGUUUGCUUGGAAGUGGCGCCUACCUACUUUUGACGUCAAUUUUGAAAGUCCCAGUUGGUAUCUCACUCCUUCUCUUCAGCGUGCUUCCUUUCGCUUUUUUACUGUAUUUUCGACUAGAUACGCAGGACUCUUACCAGCCUAUUGAGGGUGAGAUAACUGAGUCGGCUCAACCGUCCACAGCAAGCAGCGACUCUUUCCCUGACAACUAUAAAGCCACGUCCAAAUGGAUGGCAUUGAAAAAUCAUAUCAACACAACUUUGACGCGGUUGAGGUCCUUAUUUAUACCUUACAUGCUCCCUCUUUCCACAGUCUACCUUUUCGAAUAUUUGAUUAAUCAAGCAGUUUCACCUACGCUUCUGUUCCCUCUAGAUGGAGACCACACACAUCCCUUUUUCUUCAACAAAUACCGGGAUAUCUACGUGACAUAUGGAACGCUUUACCAGCUGGGUGUCUUCAUAUCUCGAUCAAGUGGAAGCUUCAUUAGAAUAAAAAAGCUUUUCCUAUUGUCGGUGCUCCAAGGCUUGAAUUUAACAGUGGUCAUUUGUCAAUCAUGGUUCUAUAUUGUCCAUUCGGUAUACCCUGUCAUGCUUCUGAUUUUUUUUGAAGGACUCUUAGGAGGCGCGUCUUAUGUUCAUACCUUCAUGAAUAUCAUACACGAUGUUAAUCCUUCAGAGAGAGAGUUUACGCUUGGUGCUGUAUCUAUGUCAGACUCUUUUGGAACGCUGCUGGCAGCAUUUAUAGGUAUUGCCCUUGAGCCGAAACUGUGCUCUCAUCAAGUUGACACUGGAAGGGACUGGUGCUUAAAAGAGUAA